GUAGACGAGGCAGGCACAAGAGCGGCGGCAGCGCUCCGGGCACCGCCCCCGCGCCGGGGCCGGGCCUCGACCGGGGCGGUGUCCUCCCUCCCGCUCCGCCGGCGGCUGCGUGUGGGGAGGCGCUGGCGGCGGCAGUGCAGCGGGGCUCUGGCAGCGGCGGGAUGUUCAGCUGGCUGGGGAAGCAGGGCGGCGGCCGAGAGCGCGGCGGCGCCGGUAGCGAUGUGGUGCAAACGGUCACCGGGGCUCUGCGGGACCUCUACCUCCGCAAGCUGCUGCCGCUGGAAGAGCACUACCGCUUCCAUGACUUCCACUCGCCCGCCCUGGAGGAGGCCGACUUCGAGAACAAGCCUAUGGUGCUACUUGUGGGGCAGUACAGCACCGGCAAGACCACCUUCAUCCGAUACUUGCUCGAACAAGACUUUCCAGGCAUGCGGAUUGGUCCAGAGCCCACCACCGAUUCCUUCAUUGCUGUGAUGUAUGGAGAAUCAGAAGGAAACGUUCCUGGGAAUGCCCUUGUUGUUGAUCCUAAGAAACCAUUCCGCAAACUCAGCCGCUUUGGAAAUGCUUUCCUGAACAGGUUCAUGUGUUCCCAGUUACCUAACCAGGUGCUGAAGAGCAUCAGUAUCAUCGACAGCCCUGGCAUUCUCUCUGGAGAGAAGCAGCGCAUCAGCAGAGGCUAUGACUUCUGCCAAGUUCUCCAGUGGUUCGCUGAGAGGGUCGACCGCAUCAUCCUGCUUUUUGAUGCCCAUAAGCUGGAUAUAUCAGACGAGUUUUCAGAGGCUAUUAAGUCAUUCCGGGGCCAGGAUGACAAGAUUCGAGUGGUGCUUAAUAAGGCUGACCAAGUGGACACACAGCAGCUGAUGAGAGUCUACGGUGCUCUCAUGUGGUCCCUGGGAAAGGUGAUCAACACUCCAGAGGUGCUGCGGGUCUACAUCGGCUCCUUCUGGGCCCAUCCGCUCCGAAACACAGAUAACCGAAGGCUCUUUGAGGCAGAGGCACAGGAUCUCUUCAAAGAUAUUCAGAGUCUCCCACAGAAGGCUGCUGUGAGGAAACUCAAUGAUCUGAUUAAGAGGGCAAGACUUGCAAAGGUUCAUGCUUAUAUCAUCAGCUAUCUGAAAAAAGAAAUGCCCUCUGUCUUUGGAAAAGAGAACAAGAAGAAGGAACUAAUCAACAAAUUACCAGAGAUCUACAUCCAGCUGCAAAGGGAAUACCAUAUCUCAGCAGGAGACUUCCCUGAAGUUAAGAAAAUGCAGGAGCUGUUGGAGACAUGUGACUUCACUAAAUUUCAUUCUUUGAAACCAAAGCUCAUUGAAGCUGUGGAUAACAUGCUGGCCAACAAGAUAGCCUCCCUGAUGAGCCUAAUCACUCAGGAGGAAAGCAAUAUGCCCACAGAGAUUGUACAAGGUGGAGCAUUUGAUGGCACCAUGGCAGGACCUUUCGGCCAUGGUUAUGGAGAAGGUGCUAAGGAAGGAGCUGAUGAAGAUGAAUGGGUUGUUGCCAAAGAUAAACCUGCUUACGAUGAGAUUUUCUACACUUUGUCACCAAUUAAUGGCAAAAUAUCUGGGAUCAGUGCCAAGAAGGAGAUGGUGACUUCUAAACUACCCAACAGUGUCUUGGGCAAGAUCUGGAAACUUUCAGACUGUGAUGGCGAUGGGAUGUUGGAUGAUGAGGAGUUUGCAUUAGCAAAGCAUCUCAUCAAGAUUAAACUGGAUGGAUAUGAACUGCCUGGCACGCUCCCUUCCCACCUGGUGCCACCAUCUCACAGGAAACCUUUCCAGACUGUAGAGUGAAAAUACAUGGAGGAGCUUGGAAGUCUUUAAACGUGUUGAAAUCACCAAAAUUUGAAGACUAGGCUUACAUUUUUAAACCUCGCAGCACAUUUCACGCAAGCUACUGAAAUUAGAGGCAUGAUAGCAGGGAAACAUUCAUGUAACUGUCCCUGCUGACCUUCACUCAGACAUGCUUAUCACAAGUGCCUUGUAUAGAUCUGUCAUAAGGUGAAAAUGUUUUUGUAGUCUUGCUUCUGUGUCUUGCUGCCUUUACAACCAUACAGCAGAAAGGACUAUGUGUAAAAACCACUGACCUUCACUAAACCUAAAUACUUAUCAACCAUAAAUUUCUCCAAACUAACUUAAAUAGUGCAAGGAAGCUCUGAAUGUUAAAUUCACCUGCCUAUGCAAGUAACAUUUUCUGUGCUGAAAACAUACUUCAGGCAUCAAGUAUAUGUCUGCAUCUCUGUAGUUUUAAGAAAAGGCUCAUAAAAAUGAAGUUAUUAGUUUUCUUUUAAUUAUUUAAUAGGGAAUGAGAAAAAGAGAGAAGAGUAAUGGGCAAAGUCUUCUAAGUGCUGAGAAUAUGAGCAGACUUGUCUUAAAACUUCAUAGCUAGAAAUGCAAACUACUGGAAUGAUCCUUUCAGUCUGUCAUCAUUGUUUCUUCUUAUCUGAAGACCUGCCUCUUCCAUUCUCUACAACACUGUAUACUCAGUGUUAUCAUUGGAAGAACCUACAUCUCCUUUGCUCCUUUGGAUGUGGAGUUUCUUUUGAGGUUUUGGAUUAGGUGUCCUGCAGAUGAUAAAUACCCAAGUUGUUCACAGUGACAUCAGAAUGUUUUCAUAAGCUGAAAAAAAAAAAGAUAAAUCAUGUUUCCAUUGAAAUCAGGCUCCACUUUAUGUUCAGAAGAGGUGCAGAGCUCAACUCUGCCUCUUCAAAGCACAUCAAAUUGUCUCGGGAAGCUUUCAUAGCCGUUUAAUUUCUGUUUGCAUUUAUUUUUACAGUUAUCUCUGUGUAUAUAUAUAUUUUUAAUAGAUAAUAUUUCUGAGAAGUUUUAACUUUUUCCAAAGUGUAGCUGACAACCACUAAAGAGGAAUUCUGUUCCUAUGGUGGCAGAUUUGAAAGAUGGGGAAGCUAAUGCAAAUCUCCACACUGACCCUAAUAAUUGAUAGACUGGUCACUCCAGAUCAUGGAAUCACAGAAUAGUAAGCUUGGAAGGGACUUUUGGAGAUCAUCUAGUCCAACUCUUCUGCCAGAGCAGGUUCACCUGGAGUGGGUUAGCAUAGAGUGGCUAUUAUUGCUGUAUUGAGAACAAUCUAUGAAAGAAAUGGAUGCUUAAUAGGCAUUCGUUUUUCUAACAGCGCAAUCGAAGCCAAACUUAUCGGCUGCUUACCACUGAUUUUUAUCAGUACCUUAAACCACAGUUUUUUGGCCUUGUGAGCUUGAAUUUUUCAGGGAGGGCCAAUUCUUUCUGAAAUCAAACAAGUUUUUCUCUGUGCAUUUGAGCAGCAAUUGACUCGUAUUCCAUGUAUAGUAUGAAUUUCCCUGUGCAUCAAAGGUACUGUAGUUUUGAGCACUUUUUAGUUUGGGUCUGGGUAAGUGGUGGGAGUGGUGCCUUCUGAGGCAGAGCAAGCCAAAAAGGUUUUCAGCAUCCUUGCAGUAGGGGUGGGAAGGGAACUCAUUUGAGUAUUGUCUCCCCAUUAAGGAUUUCAUAACAUUUAUGUGUUCACAUUUGUAGGUCACCACAGAGCCUCAGCUUCUAACUUCAAAUCAUUCAUUUGUAGGUUGUCAGUUUGGUUUAAUACUUAAGACCUUUGUAGACCUUUUAUCUUCCUGAAUCUGUUCUGAUGCGAAAUUACCAUGAACAUUGCCAGGCUGUACCAUGGGGAAAGCAAUAAAGCUAUUGUAAGUAAUGAUAGAAUACAUUUAUCUUGCCAGGCUUCCAGGCCUCUAUCAAGGAUACCCUGGCAUGGUUAAAUCUUUCUUGUUUUUGUUUUGUUUUUUUUGCAGUUCUCAAUUUUUUCUCUUUUCACUCAAACAUGCAAACUUUAUUUCUUUUAGACCUAAUAUAGGAGCCAAAGUAGCCUUGAUGCAUCUCAGCACAACUUAGUAGAGCUGUGAAAUUCAACCAUGAGUCUACCUGUGUGACUGUACACCUGCAGAGUAGCUUUAUUCUUGAUUCAACAAGAAAUCUAUUGACAUUGCAGGAGUUGUUUGUAAAAGCAAACAAAAACCAGACUGCAGUAGUAGUAAUGUGUGCUUGUUUGUGUGUGAUGUCUGCAAUCAGUAACAGCUCAUACACUAAUGACCAACAUGAUUAGUUUAGAAAGGAAAGACACCAGGAGAAUGAAAACAAGCUUGUGUUUCAAGACUACUGUAGUGUGGGCAAGGCUGAGAGAAUCUGGGAAGAUGCUCAUCUUCUAUCUCUAUCUGCCUUAUCUUGAUCUUCAGCAGCACAGGAUUCCCAGGGUGAAGCUAUGUUUGAGUUCCUGCUGUGUGUAGCUUCGAAGGUGAUGCUCUAAAUGCAUUGGAGCCAUAUGAUCCCAUCUUCUUUCAGUGAGUGUAGCAGGAUAGUUUUGCAGUGAUUUUAUUUUUCUGGCUUUAUUGAUGGUAAAAUGGAGAACACAGCCUUUUCUUCGGUCACCACAAUGGUGUGCUAGUGUGGGCAGAGGAGAGACAAAGUGAAAUGCUUCAGUUUGAUAAGUUACAUUAUUUUGUGUAGAUAGGUUUGAAAUGUUUUGCUUGGUUUUCCUGUAGAAUUUGGAAGGUAAAUGCAUGAAGCAUGUAUAGGAGUAGGGGUGGAUUACCUGAAGGAAUAGAGGUGUUUCAGGAUUGGCAUGCCAAGGUACAUGUGUAGAAGUAUUUCUGGACAGUUGUAGUGCAGUGUACUGGCAUCAUACUUGGUUAAUAGGAAUAAAGUACAUGUCGUGGACUUUGGACAGCAGUUUCUUGCAUAGCUGAACUGAUAGCAGGUUGCUCUUGCUCAGGGGAAGGGUUCUCUUUUCUCACUGCCUCCUCACAGAACCGUGAGCCUACUCCAUUUGCCUUGCUGGCUCUUGAGCUUGUCAGGUCCUGCAAACCUAUUCCAUUGGUUAAACCAGCCACAUGCAAGAGCAUGGCCAAUGUUCUGUGGAGUUAGUAAGUUCAAGUCUUAGGAGCAUGAGAAGUAAACAGGAUAUCCUUCUCUCAUGAAGUUGUGUUCUGAGCAGUUUUCAGGAACAGCAGUGUGAGCUAACCUUUGGUGUUUGGUGUGCUGUUACUAAUGUUUGCUGAAGGAAGACCAAGAUGCUGAAUUUGGCCAUUUUACACCUAGGAUUUUUACUACGUUUGCUGCAAGACCAAUAAAAAUAGUCAAUAAUCACUCUGGUGGAAUCAGUGCUCACUAAGGUAGCCUGGUGCCAUAAAUGAAAGUAGAGUAUGCUGCUUUUACCUCUUCUCCAACUAUUCUGCAAUAGUUUUAAAUCCCAACCCUGGUCCUGUCCCCACAAAUAAGAAUUUGGUUGUAGAUUGGAACAGAAAAUCUGGGCCUACUGCUACCACCAGGAGUCUUUUAAAGCCGAAAAUAGUGAGUUUACAAAGAUUUUUCUUUUUAAUCUGUUUUUUGGUCAGAGCAAGAUCCUAGUUUUUAGUUGGAUAUGGUAUGGGUUUUUGUCUCAAAGCUGCAGUAUUCCUUCCCUAACAUUUCCAACAACACUCAUCCACAGUACUUGAAAUGUGCUCUAUUUUAUCUCUAAUUUGCUUUCCUUCACAACACAUGCUCCCUUCAGUGGGUCUUUCAGUUGCUGGAAUUCAAGCAGAGUUAGAAGUGUAUGGUUUGAGUAUGUGUAACUUAGCACUGAGAGAAUGAGCAUCAACUUUUUAUACUUCACAUUUUCACCUUUUGUAGUAUUUUUUUUGAAUACUGUGUUUCUACUUCAAAGGCACUGUUAUUUUUGAGGGAAGGCUUGAUCUGGAACAGUGUGGUUUGGUUUGUCUGACUGGGCAAACAAGGUUGUAAGUUCAUUACUGUUGCACUUUUAUUACACAAUAAAUUCCUUGCAGAUACUGUAAUAUAUUUUAAUAUGCUUUGUAAUCAUUUUUAGAAAGUGGUGAUAAAAAUUGCUGAUUUAAUAAACUAAUAUUGAGUUACCUGA